GGUGCCGGCUUGUCUCUCUUUGGCCCCGCCCGUCGUAUCGCCCACACCACCCUCACACCCUCAAGGCGGUGGACUUCCCCCAGCAGUCCGCGAUAUUUCUGCCGGAUCCGCCCCCCAGUGAGUCAGCGAGGCAAAACACACUGGCUGCUUGUUCAUUACACAGGUGUGUCGUGGCGUGGCGCGGAGGGGAGGGGGGGGGGUCGACCCGAUACACAACCACCACACGGCCUGGACGUCGCCGCAGGUGCCGCGGGCCACGCGGGGGUACGUGAUACCCGGAGACAAGACAGCGCGCGCAUGCGUCGCGCCCCGCCGCGCCCCGCCGCGCCACCACCGCGCCACCACCGCGCCCAGGUGGAGGAGGAGGAGGAGGUGGCGGGUCAGCCCGCCGCGCGCCACCGCCCGCCUGCAGGCGAGCCGACACCGGCGAGGCAGCUCAAAAUCUUGCCGGUCGUCUCGAGGAGAGGAAGCACCGCGCCAGCGCCCCGCUCAGCCGCACCGCGGCCGCCGGUCCAGUCAGCGGGCACGAGCAGUGCCCACCACCCGCACCCCCAGCCGGCCCGCUACACAUGCGACAGGGGAGGACGUCGCCGAGGAGCUGCUCCUGCUGAGACCCAAGAAGGCCGCUGCCGCUGCUGCUGCUUACCGGCCACGCCAUGAUCCUCAGAUCGUCCGCCUUGGUGGCGCUGCUGACGCUGCUGGGGGGCGCGCUGUCCCUGCACCCCACCAUCCCGUCGCUCUCCAGGCGCUCCAUGGAGGUGAUCGCCGAGUGGCGCACCGUGGACUUCGCGUACCCGAACCGGGUGGUGCGGGACUCGGCCAUCCUGACGGGGGACUUCGUGCCCAACAACGUGGUGGUCCUUGACGUGGACGCUUACGGAGAAGGUACACAAACACGUCCAGAAAGACGACGUUAAUUUUUAAUUUAAUAUUAUUUUUUCCGCUGUCUGGCGAGGAGGGGGCAAUAUCGUUCCGUUCCACUUGGCAGCGCGGCGGGACAGCCGACACUGCUGCUUAACGAACAACCUGCAAUUUAGGCGCGGUAAUAAAUAAGACAAAGAGCCGAGCGCGUCCCUUCAAAACUGACGAAAGACAAAGACAAGUGAAAAAAGUCCAAUCUUAACUUAUUAC